GAGAAGCUUGAGAGUAUGCUUUCUAUUUUCUGAGGAAUGCAUUGUCCUCUUACUCUUUAUUAUGCAGCUAAGCUUCAAACCUCCCUCCAUUGAUGCUGUCACAACCGUUGGUGGGAAUGAAACGGAUCAUCUUGCUUUGUUAGAAUUCAAGGCACAGAUUGUCCUUGAUCCUCAAAAUGCCACAAGUUCAUGGAAUGGUUCUGCCCAUUUCUGCAACUGGGAAGGUGUCAUAUGUGGUCGCAAACACAAAAGAGUUACCAUUCUUGAUCUUCAAUCUAAAGGAUUGGUGGGUUCUUUGUCUCCUUAUAUAGGAAACAUGAGUUUCCUUAGGGAGAUAAGACUGGGCAACAACAGCCUCCGUGGUAUAAUCCCAGCUGAAGUUGGCCGCUUGUUUAGGCUACAAGGUUUGAACCUGUCGCACAACCAAGUUGAAGGGAAAAUUCCAUUGAACUUGUCCCUCUGUUCAAACCUCAGGGUGUUAAUCUUAGAAUUUAACAAGCUAGAAGGAAACAUUCCAACUGAGCUUGCCAAUUUGUCUAAGCUUAGACACCUUUGGUUCUCUUCAAAUUACUUGACAGGAGCCCUCCCACCUUUUAUCGGGAACCUGAGCUCAUUGGAGGAUUUGUAUGUCGCAGAAAAUUUCCUUGGUGGAAUUAUUCCAGAUGCCGUGGGACAACUGAAUCAUUUGUCAGAUUUCGCACUUGGUUACAACAAUUUCUCAGGUAUCAUACCUCCAGCCAUUUAUAAUAUUUCUUCCAUCAAUGUUUUCUCUAUGUCUUUUAAUUCGCUUCAUGGAAGUCUUCCAUCAGACAUGGGCAUCCUCCUACCUCAUCUACAGGUACUUCAACUGGAUGAGAACUACCUUAGUGGAUCAAUUCCAAUGUCAUUAUCCAAUGCUUCAAAUCUUAUACUAAUUUCUUUAUCAGCAAAUAAUUUCAAUGGAAAGGUGCUUGUCCAGUUUGGACUCCUCAAACAGCUUAAGCACAUAAAUUUAGCAAACAAUACUCUUGGAGGUCAGAGAUAUGAUGAUGAUUUACACCUCAUCACAUCUUUGGCCAACUGUAGCAGUUUGGUAUCUUUGGAAUUAUCCUAUAAUAAGUUUACAGGAGCAUUGCCUACUUCGGUUGCCAAUCUCUCUUCUACACUUCGAACAUUAGCAAUUGCAAGUAAUCGAGUAUCUGGCAGCCUCCCCCUAGGCUUAUUUGAUCUUGUUAACUUACCUAGAAUAGUCUUACAAGUCAACCAAAUUGCAGGACCUAUUCCCCCGGAAAUUGGUAAGCUUCAGAAACUACAGGAUCUACUUCUUGAUGGAAAUAGAUUAAUUGGAGAAAUUCCUUCAACCAUUGGAAAUUUAUCAUCUUUGUAUAGGCUGCAAUUGAGCCAAAACAAGUUACAAGGCAACAUCCCUCCGAGCUUUGGCAACUGUCAUAGCCUAUUAUUUCUAUUUCUUUCUAGUAAUAAUCUUAGUGGAUCCAUACCAAAACAACUUUUUCCUACUUCUUCCAAGUUAGUUUUAUUAUCUCUAUCUCAAAACCAUUUGGUUGGAUCCCUCCCUUCUGAAAUAGGCAAUUUAUUCAAUUUGAAUAUAUUGUAUAUUUCCCGAAACAUGUUGUCUGGAAAAAUUCCAAGUAACCUUGGUCAGUGCAGUAGCCUUGAGUUCCUUUCCUUGUACAGUAACAAUCUUCAAGGUACCAUACCCAUGUCUUUGGAAUCUUUAAGAGGUCUUAGAAAAUUUGAUCUUUCAAAGAAUAAUAUGUCUGGCCAAAUUCCAAUGUAUUUAGGGAAACUUUCCCUAGAAUACUUGAAUUUGUCUUUCAACAAUUUUGAGGGUGAGGUUCCAACAAAAGGUGUUUUUGCAAAUGUGAGUUCAGUCUUUCUUGAAGGUAACAAGAUGAUUUGUGGCGGCAUUCCAGAACUACGGCUGCCAAGAUGUAUCACUGUCGUAUCAAAGAGAAGAAAAUUACGUCAGGUUAAAAUAGCUGCGAUCACAGUUUCCUGUAUUUCUGGUGUCCUCAUUUUGUCAGCCUCCUUAUACCUUUGGUUCAAAAAGCAUAAAACAAAGCAAUCUCCUGGUUCGUUGGAAAUAAAAUCAUUUCGAGAACUUUCUUAUCAAAUGAUUCUCAAGGCAACUGAUGGGUUUUCUACUGCAAAUUUGCUUGGUGCGGGAAGUUUUGGAUCUGUCUACAAAGGCACCCUUGAAGAGGAUGGAACAAUCAUUGCAGUAAAAGUACUCAACCUUCAACAGAAAGGAGCUGCAAAAAGUUUUAUGGCUGAAUGUAAGGUCUUGCAAAACAUACGUCAUCGAAAUCUUGUGAGGACCAUAACAUCUUGCUCGAGUAUUGAUUUCCUAGGGAAUGAUUUUAAGGCACUUGUUUACGAGUAUAUGCCGAAUGGAAACCUAGGCAAGUGGUUGCAUCCAAGUUCAGAAGUAUACGUUGAGCCAACUGAACAAUGGAGUUUGAGCUUUCUCCAGAGAAUGAACAUUGCAAUAGAUGUAGGGAGUGCGCUGGAUUAUCUGCACCAUGGUUGCCAAAAGCCAGUCAUUCAUUGUGAUCUAAAGCCAAGCAACAUUCUUCUUGACAAUGAUAUGGUCGCUAACAUUGGAGAUUUUGGGCUAGCAAAGUUUCUCUCUCAGCUCAAUAAUCCAAUUCAAAGCAGUUCAGUCGGAGUGAGAGGCACAAUUGGCUAUGCAGCACCAGAAUAUGGGCUAGGAAGUGAGCCAUCAACAUGCGGAGAUGUUUAUAGUUAUGGAAUUCUGCUGUUGGAGAUGGUAACAGCUAAGAAACCAACAGAUGAUAUUUUCGUAGAAGGUCUUAACCUUCACAAUUUUGCAAGGAUGGCAUUGCUUGAUCAUGUAUUGGAGAUUGUAGAUCCUACACUGUUGCAAGAAGAAGAAGAAAGAUUAAAUAGGAAUCAAGGUCCAAUACAAACAAGAAAUGACUACAAAAUUGAAUGCUUAAUUUCGAUGGUCAAAGUUGGGGUAGCAUGCUCCAUGGAGUCGCCUCAAGAUAGAAUGGUCAUAAGUGAUGCAGUCCAUGAGUUGCAUUCAAUCAGAAACAAUUAUAUGCGAGCUAGAACAUGUCCCUCCACACAAGGGAGACCAUCAAGUUGAAAUUUGAAGUGCAGCAGCUACAGAAGAAGAGUUUAUAUUGGUAAGUCUCUUUGGGAAUGUAAUUUGGUGGCUGAUUCUCUUGCCAGGAUGGGCUUUCAAGAAGUGACCAGUUCGUAGCUUAGUUUUAACUCUGUCUUCCGGAUUUGCUCUGUUUGUC